AUGUACAUCCUGGAGCUGAACUACGGGGAUGGCGAGAUUCACCGACAUUUUUUGCUACCGGACCAGUCAUAUACGCUGGGCAGGAAGAUGUGCCGCAUCUUGCUUCCAGCGGCUGAACCGUCCAUCUCGCGCCACCACGCCACCAUCUUCGUGGCGUCGAUGCCCCGCUAUAGCGUCCUGGACCCCUCGGCGCAGCUGGAGAUCCGCAUCGAAGAUGUAUCGAAGCACGGCACCUUUGUCGACCGCGAGCGCGUUGGCAAGGGUAACUCGCGAUUCUUGUACCCGGAGGACCGCAUUCGACUCGGCCUUCGCGUCACGGCGCGAAUCAUUCCGGUGAUGCUCGUGCUCGCCAUCUCGCCAGACUUAACAGAUGCGAGUUUAGACUUGGUGCUGGACGCGUGCGUGCACAUUGGCGCCCUCGUCGUCGAGGACUCCAUCGCGGCGCCAUUGUCCUACUACGAGCAGCACAUAAACUGUAUCGGCUUUCUGUACGUUGCGGAGGAAAGCUUCACGAUGGAGGAGACGAUGAUGACGGCACUCGGGCACGGCUACACGCUCGUGACGCCACACUACAUCACUCAUUUGGCUCGCAGCCUCGAGAAGAAGAGCACGCUGAUGCCGGGAGAGUUUCCGUCGCCGUCCUCGCCACUGCCGGCGUCUUGCACGCUGCGCGGUGUGCAGUACCGCCGCCCCGCCAAUACCUUUUUCUCAGUCACGGAGUUCCUGUCUAUUGGCCGCCCGGUGAUGGCCACGAUCUUCCGCGACUGCACGUUUGUGUUCCUCGAGAGUUCUCUGGGGGAGACCUAUAGUGAGGUGCUGCGCCUGUUUGGGGGCACGGUAGAGGCGGUGGCGCUGGAUGCCGUUGACGCAUGGCGCUUGCGGCAGUCGUCCUCACCACCGUUCCCGCUGACCACCGUCGUGCUCGUUGGUGAGGCGGACUUCCGCAGUGUGUCCGACGAGGUCAUCGAGCGCGGCGGUGGUUGUGGGGUAUUCUCGACGGAGCACGCACGCCCCGUCAUCUGCGGCUAUCUCACCAUGUACAAGUACGGCGUCUGCCUCAUACCGGAGGAGAACGUGCACCUCACGCUUUACCGCAAUGACCUCAGGGAGCUGAACGCGAAGCCCGGGUCGCGCUACCUCCAGCGCACCGCCGAUGACUUGCUGGCCAACGCCGCGCCGUCGUCCGCGGAUGCUGCCCCGUUGCUCAGGCGAAGCGGGACGUUCACCGGCUCGAGCUCGGCGAGAAACCGGGGAAGCACCACCCGUGUGUCGGAGUCGCCGGCUAACGUGUCGCCAUCACCAGCGGUGAUGAUCGACCGGGCACCGGUCCUUGCCAGGCGCUCGCGCGAGCCCUCCUUCAACAUCGGCAGCUCACCAGGUCGGGCAGACAAAGAUACCGCCCCGACGGCAGCGGCGACGGUGAACUUGACUGGGGACGUGCAGAGCUGCAACGGCUCUCGGCGUGCCAGUCCUAAUCCCGCCAGCUCUCUCCACUCCGUUCAUAGCGCUGACAGUGCGUCGGUAGCUCGAGAGACAAGCUCGAACAGCGUCUCUGCAGGUCCGUCUCGUGACAGUGCGGCCCCAGCCACCACGUCCGCUUCUGUGGUGCCGCCAUCAGCGCACUUGAGCGGGACUAGCCACGCGGAGGAUACAGCUACCUCACCCACCCUCUCUCUGCUGACGUCAGUGGCGACAACCGCGUCGUCGUCAGCCGGUUGUGGCGUCGGCAGCGGCGGUGCCACUACCGCCUUACGAUGCGAAGACAGGUCUACCUCUGCAACGUCAGCGACUGCGGCGACAAUCGCCCCGAACGCGGCGUCGGCGCCGCAGCGGCUGCGCAUCAAUACUGCCCGGCGCAACUCGCACCCGUUCUCGCUCUCAGCCCGGCAGCGUAACGGUGGCGAAGAGAGCGACGAGGAGGAGAGCACCAACAACGGCACCGGCGGCGUGCUGGAGGCGGAGGAGGCGGAGGGUCCUCAAUGGCACCGCCGCGGCGCAGCCUCGUUCACCCGCCGCACGAGCGGUGGUCUGCGUCGCUCCAGUAUAGGCAACUCCACUACGAUGCUCCCGCUGAGGGGUGCGGGGGUGGUGCGCUCGCUCUCCCGUACCGGCUCGGCGUUGCAGCCACUUGGCACUGCCGCGGCCGAAAGUGCUCGCGGCCACCCGGCAUCUGCAACACAUGACGAGCGGCCCCAGCGGCGGCCGCAUGUAAGCUCUGCGGAGCGGCGGUGCAACUCUGCGCGUGGGGCAUGCCGCCACGGCAGCAACACCGAGGAUACCGAGAGCUCAGCAGCGAACGGCGCCGUACCCCCGCUGACGUCAUCGUCUUCCACCCCCCCGGCUGCAGCCGGCUCCACAGGGAACACGACUGGCGCCGUGAUGGUACUUCACCGCGCAGGACAGCCGAAGAGCGUCCCUGCGCCAGCCGCACCCGCCGUCGAAGCACCGGCGGGCGAGCCUGCGCCAUCAAAACAGAAGCAUACAGAACGUAUGAACGGAAACGCGAUCGGCAAGGGCCCUGAGGCGGCCCAUCCACCCCUCUCCAUCCGCCGCGGUGAGCAGCGCUUGGCCAGUGCACCAGCUUCAGCACACCACUGUGGCCUUGUGCGGCUGAACCCAUCUCUCGACCUCGUCCGCAGUGGGAGCCAUCACGGCAGCGAGCGGUGCACGACGCCGGAGCACGAUGUUGUCGUGCCCACCGGAUCGAAGGUGUGUGUGUCGCCGCCGCGGCAGCGCGUCGAAGCGGUGCGCAUCGGAUCCGCGUCAGCGCGGCGUAUGUCGCUCACCCGCGAGUUUGAACGUUCUCUGUCUUGUCACGUUGAGCCCGCAGAGGGCCGCCAACGCAGCGCCGUUCGGGGCGAAUCUCGUUGCAAUGACAGCCGGGAACUGCCCGGUGCCGCCGCCCGCCCCGUCUCCGCACGGUGGGCGUCGUCUUCCUUUCAACGCUAUGACAGCUCGCAGAUGCGGGAGAUGGCCACGCCGCGUCGUCUCAUGACCCCGCGCUUCUCCAGCAGCGCACCACGCAGCCGCUCUGCCCAGGCACAGGACAGCGUGCCGCACAGUUGGUCGCUACUCGCCACCGACGAUGGCACGGCGCACAAGGCGAGCAUUGGUGACUUGAGGGAGGGCCGCAGGGGUGGCGCCUCGGCGCGGCGCGGCAGCCCCACCCAAUGCAACGGAGCAUCAUGUGCCGCGACGGCGUUGUCGAACCUUUCCGUGGCGGCACCGGUUCCGGGCUUGCGCAACGGCAGUGUCAACUCAGCCAGGGCUACCACGAAUAAUGUGACGGUAGAGUCGUACUUGAAGAUGAACAAGGAGUUGCACUCGCACUGCCAGAGCUUCAUGAGCGAAUUCCUGGACAGCUUCGUAAGUGACGCGGAGCGGACUGCGCGGUGCGUGGUGCGGCAAACCUACAUGGACUCCCCGAGCAGGCAGACGCUGGAAGACGGGGUGGAGCGCGUGUUGCAAUUCUUGUACUACGUCAACGGCACCUACCCUGACAUACCGGCCAUGUACAGCACCGCCAGCACCCGCGCCGCGUGUCAUCAAGUGUGGCAGAAAUCCCAAUACGCCCUCAGCAAGGUCAAGUCCUGCUACAAGGCAGUGAACUGCAAGGUGCCAUCGGUGCUGACCCGUGCCUGCUCCGCCCUUGGCACACGUACUGUGCUGCACCCGCAGCAAAGGCGGCUCACCUCCGCCACCGCCAGAGCCCAGGCCGGGCCAUCGCAGCGCAUGAAUGCCUUCUAG